AUGCCUCCAGCAGGGGUCAGUCUCUCUCUACCAAUACUUGCAACAUCAUUAAAGACUGCAGGCCCGAUGUCAGAUCUUGACGGAAGCGAAAGACCUGCAAACAUCAAACUGGUCGCUGAACUCAAGGAACUUAACGAGCUUGCCGCCGACGUACAAAAGCGUCUGACUGGGGGAUUUGGAGACUACUGUGAGGAGGGUAGUCGCGGAGACAUUAGACACUUGCAGAUACCAAAGCUCUUGCAACUCGUCGAGAAGGUAGAGCAACUUAAUACGAAUAUCAACAAACUCCACAGCACUUCCAAUCUCUUGAAAGAAUCAGACGACAUGGCCGACUAUGUGCCUGCCACUCCUACCAAAUCCACCAAGGCUGAGGCAACGAAUGCCCAAUUACAGACGGUCCAGGAUCGUCUCGACAAGAUCGUAGAGCAGAACGAGACGAUGGAGCUCAGAGUGAAAGAUGCGCUCGCGCAGGCACAGGGUGCUAAAAAGGAAUCUGAUGCCACAGAAGUUGAGAACGAGACGUUGCGCAAGGAUGUCACACGGCUGGAGAAGAAGGUAAAGGAGCUCGGCCGCAAAGGCACUAUGUCGCUUCCUGAGCAUGGGUCUGAGCAUGCUGAAUCGCUCUCUCAACCCCUUGGAGACCGUGUCUCACGUGUAGAAGAGCAAAGUCGCCAACCAGUAUCGCCGCGGCCGAGCUUCAGUCAAGUACUGAUUACAAACAUCAAAGAGCCCGACACCGUCUGGAGGUACUUCCAAGCGUUGAUCGGCCCUAGCAGAUACAUGCAUUUCGGGCAGCUCCUUUCACCAUCUCGAUUCGGCGGAACAGUCGUCCUCACCUUCGAGGAUCCAGAUGCAGCUCUUGAAGCCAUACAAUACCACGGCACCGACAUUCGCGGCCACACCUACGGCGUUGAGGAGAUCCUGUAUAGUGAUCUAGACAUGCUCCCGCCGGGCAAUACCAGAGUCCUCAUAUCUGGCUUCAGCAGAUCCUACACCCUUUCCCACGCAGAGGAGUUCCUUCGGAGAAACCUGGUUCCUCAAGGCGUGAAGGGUCCCAGUAUCAAGUUCAUGUUCCAGUGGUCGGAUCUGGAGCCUGUCCGUAGCAUGAUAUUGGCUGAAUUUGAUGGACGAAGCCUACGUGGCAAAGGCAGUCAGAGUUUUCGACAAGAAGGUCGUCGACGGGUGCAACGUGAGGGUUGGAGUCAUUUAAGACGGAAGCAGAACAGGCUAUUACGCCGUUGGACCUGA